GAAGAAGCAAAAAAAAAAAAGUACUAUACUACAGUCACGCGUAUUUAAAAACAUAUCUAUCUCAGACCUUUUAUAUACACUGACGAUUAUAAUUAGUUGCAAGUAACUCGAAGUCUUUCGGAGGUUUGCAAUAUUUUUGUUCUGUACUUUGAAAGUGCCUAGAAAAUCAUAUAGACAUUUGAGCAGGAAACAUUUGUGUGGGCUUAUCGCAAAGUUUCAACCAGUUGUGACAAAGUGUUGCCUUUUUUCUCGUUGGGAUUAUCACAAGUCUUGCUUUCAGUAACAGUGCAAGGUGUGUGGAUUCGAUUGCUCACAUGGAUAUGUUACCGUGGAUGAUAUCCGUAAAACAAUGGAUUUAUGUCCUAGUAACAACCUGACAGUACUUAGUAUAUUCAGUAGUACUUGGUACUAAGUAUUGUACAAAUGCACUGAGUGCAUGGUCACCUAUUGACUUUAAAAACUAAAAGAUCAAGCCACCUCGUUGUGUUUCUUAACUUCGUGUGUGUGUGUGAAACAAUUCUGUGAUAUAUUUCAUAAAAUAAAAUUACGUUGUUGAAUAAUGGCAGACAUACGACAGUCUGUAACCAUGACAACGGUUUUCCUGCUUCUGUGUCUGCUGUGUUUUUCGGCAGACGGCAAUAUUGCCUCCUAUGUGAAACAGAUCUGCGAAAGGAAACCCAUUCACACGACAGCAGACAAGACCGUUGGUGAUAACGGAUUCCGGAUUAUCUUUGAAGGAUUACCUGGUCCUGAUACCUACAGGCCUGGAGAAACAUAUACAGUGAUUAUCAAUGGGAGCACUCCUCAACAAAGAUUAAUGGGUCUGAUGGUCACAGCCACAGCUACAGACAAGAAGGGGGCCACGUUUGUCCCUGGGACAUUUAAUACAACUGCUGACAUCCGAGUCCAAGACUUAAAAGAAGAUAAAACCUGUGACGAGUCAGUGAUAGCCCACCGGUACCUGGUGAACAAGAACGGAGUCUUCUUUCGGUGGACCGCCCCGGUACCAGGAACUGGGUGCAUCCACUUCAAUGCUACAGUCAUCGAGCGGUCAGAUGUGUGGUAUAAAGAUGAAGGUAGCCUCCACAAGGUCAUUUGUGAGGAGACUGCCCAAGAAGACUCUGCCAGUGCCAUCAACAAUGACCCUCCCAACCCACAAGACGAAUGUUGCGCCUGUGGUCACGCUAUGUACACAGUGGAGUUUAAAGGGCUUUGGUCAAGAAAUACUCACCCUAAAGGAUUUAUUGAGGACAAAUAUUCGUACCAACUCCAUUGGUCAAAUAUUGUAGGAGCCACCCAUGGUACUGACUACAGAAUCUGGGAAUAUGGUCAGUAUGCCAGUCGAGCGGUCAAGGAAGUCUGUGAAUAUGGGUCAUCAAGAUCUCUUGAAAAUGAGAUGAAAGAAAAUAGUGACAAGAUACGGACUGUAAUCAAGACGAAUCAGCUCUGGGGCCCAGACAAAAUUUUAGAGUCAGUGAAAGCUGUGUACACCGUGAACAAACAGAAACAUUUCUUGUCAUUAAUCACAAUGGUGGGUCCCAGCCCUGACUGGUGCUUGGGUUUGAGCAGUCAGAGUAUGUGUACUGCUAACUGUACAUGGAAAGAUCAUCUUGAAAUUGACCUUUACCCCUGGGAUGCUGGGACAGAUAGCAGAGUUACAUACCUUGGUCGUAAAAUUCCAACACAACCUCCAGAACGCAUCCAUAGGCUGUCUAGCAACAUCCCUAAUGAUGCGGAAAGUCCUUUCUAUGGAAUAGACAUCAAACCAUUUGCCAGGCUGACAAUCACUAAAAACAAAGAAGCAUGUACUGAUGAUGAUGGAAGAAGUAACUCUGCUGAGUCUCCCAGCACUGAUGAACUUGUUAGCAUGAUGAAAAAGAAAAUGAUGGAAAAGAAGAAGUUUGAUAUGGAGAAAUGUGCCACUAGCCUGUGGUCUGACUGGUCUGAAUGUUCUAACCCUUGUGGUGCUGGUCAGAGAGACAGAAGGAGAAUGUUGAAAAAUCCAGGUGUGACAAAAGAUAUGUGUGACCUUGAACUGACAGAAACAGAAGCAUGUACUGGUCCCUGUAAAGAGAAACGUAAAAAGCUUCAUGAUAGUUAUGUGAUGCGCCAUGAUGAUGAAAGAGAUCCAUCAGAUUUAUGUGCUGUCACAAACUGGUCUGAUUGGUCACCAUGCAGCGCCACCUGUGGACUUGGCAUGAAGGAACGAUGGAGAAUGUUCCUACACAACACUGAAAAACGAGUGGAUUGUGGGGUUCACUUAAUGGAAAAAGACUUAUGUAGGGGAGAGAUUUAUGAUUGUCAGAAAGCUAUGAUGAUGAAGAAUUUCACAGCCAUAUGUCAACAAGAAGCUGAUGUAGGACCAUGCCGUGGGGAUUUCCCAAGAUGGUUUUAUAAUCACACCAUGGAAAAGUGCCAGAUAUUCAGUUAUGGAGGAUGCAGAGGAAAUGAAAAUCGUUUUGAGACUGAAAAAGAAUGUGUGGAUCUUUGUGCUGAGCAUAUGGCUGAUAUCUUCAGAAAAGAGCACAUGAUGGUCAAACAAGAAAUGCCAAACAAACAAAUGGAAAUGGAAAGACAAAUUAUGAUGGAAAAAGAGAGAAUGAUGGCCAACGAUGAAAUGAAGGAGAAAGCUAAAACAAUGGAAGAAGACAUGAGAAGGAAAGAAUUGAUGAUGCAGAAACAAAAGAUGGAGGAAGAAAACAGAAUUGAACAAGAAAAUGCCAUGAAAAAAAACAUGAUGCUUCCUAAUCAGCAAGAGCAAGAUGAAACUAUUCCAGCAUUUGAGGUCACAAGUAAUGAAGAAACUGAUGUGAUGAGAAAAGAAAAAAAAGUUCAACGAAAAAGAGACAAAUGGGAAAGAAGAUUGGACAAGAAAAGACGUCAGAAGGGAUCAGAACGUAAAACAAAUUUAUCAGAUGGCCCAGUUAUAGACUGCAUGGUCACUCCUUGGUCAGAAUGGACACCAUGCUCUGUAACUUGUGGCAAAGGAUUCAUCACAAAGACGAGAAUGAUCAAGAUCCUCCCUCAAAAUGGUGGCCGAAAGUGCCCCAAGAAAUUGAGCAAGAAGAAAAAAUGUAAAGAAAGAAAGUGUCCAGUAAGUUGUGAGCUUUCUGAAUGGUCUGAGUGGUCAUCAUGCUCCAAAACAUGUGGGGAAAGCUCAGUGCAGGUCAGGCAACGCACAAGGUUAUCCAGACCUUGGCGUGGAAGUCAAGCUUGUCCGUCAAAGAGACAGAGGCGCUUCUGUAAUGUGCCAAUGUGCACUGAUGCAAAUGUUUCAAACCCAUAUGAUAGUAAGCGUAAAGCAGAUUUUUUUAUAAGCUGAAAGAGGACAAAUCCAAAUAUCCACCAGUUUGAAAGUAUGUUCAAUUGCUUGCCUUCGGCUGCAUGUUAAUGCUAGAGUAUGAUUGGUCAGCUUUGGUUUCUGUCACUUCAUGUUUGAGUGACAUAGUUGUUGUCUCUUUUUUUUUCUGUAGUUGCUUUGGACUAGUAACAAACUAAGUAAUAAUAAUGAUAUCAACAUUAUACAAAUUUAAAAACAUCAAUAUACCAAAUAUUAUAAUUCUUGAUUUGACUAAAUUUUAGAUUGUUGUGGUAUGUGUGUGACUUUAUCCGCUUCUUAACUUUUUAUCAUAUGACCAUUUACUAUUUGGCGUUUGGUAAAACAAAAAUGAGACAAUAUGCUAGAAAUAUAUAUAUAUAUAUAUAUAUAUAUAUAUAUAUAUAUAUAUAUAUAAGACUAUUAUUAAUUUGUUUCUGUAUUUAUAUAUUAACAUUGCAUUCUGUAUCAACUUAGCUGAAGUCUCUACUUUGUUAUUUCAUGCAAUACUCUCUGCCUAGAAGAUCUGUAGACUAUAUUUCUAUUAGUUGUCUUAAUUAUCUGGAUAUCAUGGUGGGUCUUUCAAUUCUAAUGUCUAUUUUGAUAUCUGCUGAUGAAGAACACAUUUUUCUUUACAGAUGGAGGAGAGCAUGCGGAACUACUUUUUGAUGUACCAUCGUUACCACUAACUCACCUACAUUAACACAUUUUAGUCCCUUGGAAUGCUUAUCAAAUGGACACCGAUACACCUUACUAGUACUAUACAAAGUUCUCAUUUCACUAACACUUAAAAAACUGAUGUUAAAAGCAUGAGUUAGAGCAGGAUCAACUGUACUAAUAUUUUCUUCACUAAAGGUUUUUAUGGCAUGAACUUCACCAUCACUAAACAUGUCUAAGAAGUAGUUGACAUUUUUAUUUCAAAUGUUGAUCUGUACGCCUGUUUUUACCUCACUUUUACUACUAUGGUAAAAUUUAAUCCUAGUUAAGAAGUAAUGAUGAAGCAUGUUCCAUAAGUGGGUUGUUUGUAGACUGCUUGAAUCAUGAAUGCCAAUAUACCUCUUAAUGCAUGUUAAUCUUGUAAUUUAUUGUUAGCACAUGUUAUUAUUUAUUGAACAUUUCAAUGAAAAGGCUUUACUGUGAAACUUGUCACCAGAUGGUAGCUGAGUUCAUGUAAAUCAGAUUUUAGAAAUACUAAAAACUUGUACAAACAAACAUUAGAGACAUCAAGUUUUUUGACUUCAAUAUGAUGUUGCAUGAAGUCAAUAUUCAUGAACACUUUUACUCUAAAUGAAAUGUUCCAAACCAUGGAACCAAGUUCAACUAUUUAGGGAGAUGACCAAUGAGACCCAAUCAAAAAGUGUAGGAAACAUUUGGUGGGAUACCACUUUGAAAUUCACUUGAUCUAGCUAUUCAGAUCUACAUCUAGAUAUCUAGUUCUAGUGACUUCACAGAAAGUGUACAUGUUGUGAAACAAUGGCUGCCCAUGCAGUGAAUAAAAAUAGUUCUAUUUUAAUCCGAGUAGAAUUGAAAUAUAAAGGCAAUCAGAAACUAAAGAAGGAAGGCAUCCAUACUUUAUGAUUAAAUUGAUGCAUCUUGAUAUUUCAUAACAGCUACAUUACAAAUAGUCUCAGUUUAAUAAUUGCAACAUCCACUGCGGCAGCAAGACUAAUCAUUUGUUAAUUUUAAGAUUGAUAAUUAUCAGAACAAAAUCAAAUUUCAUAGUUUAUUACCAUAAUGUAAAUUUUGUUCCUCUAUGGCAUAAUUUGACUUGUACAUUUACUUUCAUUCUGUUUUUAUUUAAAUUGUAAUCAACUUAGUUCUCUGCCUGCAUUGAACUUACUUGCUGUAUGAAUUGACAUUUACUUCAGUUAGGUAAAUAACUUCCUAUGUAUUGUAACUAGGGUAAACAAACUGAACAUUACUUUUCUUUUUAGGAUGAAAGUGUUUAGUUGAAAAUGAACACUUGUUUAAAAAAAUGGGAGUAAAUGUUCAUUCAAUUGUCUGAUGUAUAUAUUAAAAAUGUGUAUGUGUUAUUUUGAAAUACCUCCUUCUUAAUUUUGUUUUAAUAAUAUAUUUAAAUUUUAUAAAUCUAUUUUAUUUCAAAUUGUCAAUAGUAAGUCAAAAUAGACAUGAAUAAUAUGUUUUAGUUUUGAUGGAUUUUAAAAUUAUGUAUUUAUGAAGAUUAUUUCCCCUAUUUUUAUGGCUUUUGAUGUAAUUUUGACAUUUUAGAUGUAAAAAAAAAAUGUCAGGCACUGUGACCUAUGCCAAAGUUCAAGGCCUGAAGUUCAAACAAGCCCACUAUUUGAUUCACAACAAUAAUUGAUCCCUCCCCUCUUAAUCUGCUUCGUGCAUAUGUUUAAAAAUAAGUCCGAUUCUGGAGAACAUCUAUAGAACUUAGUCUAGUAUUUGUGACAAAAUAAAAUAAUAUACACAUAUAUCUCUAUAAUGUUUUGUGGAAGCCACUCUGUUUAAAUGCCUCUUGACUUCUCUUAUAAAGUUUGAACUUAAGUAAAAGAUUUUCACUGGAGCAGCAUGUUUCUUUUUAUAACAUAAGAUUCAAUACUUGACAAAUCAUCAUUAUCUUCAAUUGCUUAAAUGGUUUCAUUUAGGGUCCCUAUUAUCAUGUGAUCUUGUAUUUAUAGAUCUUGAUCUAUUAUUGUCUCAAGAAGUCAUUUAAUUAAUUAAACAGUGAUAUAAAAAUAAAGUUAUGAAAACCUGAAAUAGAACUUUAAACUAAGCCCACCAAACUUUUUUUUCCACUUGAUAACAGAUUACACUUUGAAAACUAUUAUUAAAAUCUGUAUCAAUUACUUUCUGUUUAGGUUUUGUUAUUCUUAUUUAUUUCUUUGUGUUUGGCUGCUGAGACUGUUCUAUCAGUACAAACUAGUGCUGUACAAUAAUCAAGUCACCUUUGGUAACAAACAAUAGUGCUGUAAUAUAAUCUCAUCAAUUAAAGUCACAAAUUGUA